ACAUUUUUUGUGUAUACGCCAUCAAAGCGGCAAAAAACGGGAUUAAGAGGUGAAGUGCGAAAAUUGCAGCGGAAAAAAAGAAUAUCAGCAGAAGAACCAGAAUCAUGUCAGACUAUCGAUCUCAAUCUCGCGGUGGCGGACGUGGUGCCCAAGAGUACUCCAACGACGACGAUCCGCCGAUGUCGCGUCUGUUCAUAAUUUGCAAUAAAGCGCAUACUGAGGAGGAUUUCCGUGAGGCCUUUUCGCAGUACGGCGAAAUCGAGGACAUUUGGGUGGUAAAGGAUAAGCACACGCAGGAAAAUAAGGGCAUUGCCUACGUUAAGUUCUCCAAGACAUCCGAUGCGGCAAAGGCGCAGGAGGAGAUGAACGGCAAGACCAUUGGCAAGAUGGAUCGCACCCUUAAAGUCCUGGUGGCUGCCAAUCGCAAUCAGGGAUCUAAUAAAUCAGAAAAUGAGCAGGAAAAGUACGUUAGGCUGUUCAUUGUGAUCCCCAAAACGGCCACCGAGGAGGACAUUCGCGAAGAGUUCGCCCAGUGGGGUGAAGUGGAGACGGUGACCAUUGUCAAAGAGAAGAACAAUGGCAAUCCCAAAGGCUUCGGCUAUGUCCGCUUCACCAAGUUCUACUAUGCAGCAGUGGCCUUUGAAAACUGCUCCGCCAAGUAUAAGGCCGUCUUUGCCGAGCCGAAGGGCUCCACUCGCACCCAGCGGGACCAGUAUGGUCGUCCUUCCGAGGAAAAUCCGUUGUAUAGCGGAUCAGGACGUGGCAAUUCCAAUUUUAAUGGAGGAAGUAAUAGCAGCGGUGGGGGAAACAACUACAACAACGACUGGAAUGCAUCGCAGAACAACGACAUGUCGGCCUUUUUGCGCAUGCAGAAUGUCCCUGUGGCCCAGCCUUCGUGCCUUGAGGUCAACGUGAGCAACUGCGUUAACCAGGAUCAGCUCUGGCGGCUCUUUGAUAUUAUACCCGGUCUGGAUUACUGCCAAAUCAUGCGGGAACAUGGACCGCGCACCAAUGAGGCCUUGGUUGUAUACGACAACCCUGAAGCUGCCAUCUACGCCAAGGAUAAACUACAUGGCCUGGAAUAUCCGAUGGGCGAACGCAUCAUUGUUAAAGUCAAUGGAAUGAGCUCGGCUCGAAUGGACACUUCCUUCAUAGACAAGCGAACCAAAAAGGAUGCCAUCUGCAAUGUGCCAUUGCCCCCAACUCAGCCACUGGCCUCGCCCGACGCCCAGGUGGCCCAGCGUCUGUUUAUCGUGCUCUCGGCGAAUUUGCCGCAUUCGAUCUUGAAAAACAUAUUCUCCUGCUGGUCGGGACUGAUUGACGUAUAUCUAUUGCCCAACAAGAAUUGCGGUUACGUCAAGUAUGCAGAGUCUGAGAGUGCGCAAAUGGCAAUUCACACCCUUAACGGUGCAGAAAUAUGCGGUACUAAAAUAAAGGUCAUGGAGGCGGAGGAGCGCAGUGGAUCCGAUGGCGAUGACGUUGGACGUAAGCGGGUGCGCCGAAAUUAAGUACCCACUGACAACCAAGAACUUACAGAGAACGCAAUGUACGAGUACGUAACUAACUUGAGAAUACAGUCCGAUAAAAACAGUUGAACUGACCACCACGCAACAACCAACCAACAACGAAAAACCAAACAGCCACCACCAAACAACCGCUCAGUACCAGAACACUCUUAAACGGAAUGCCACAAUAACCACGAGGACUGGAGAACGCAGACCGGAACCGGCGAACGGAGACGGGUGAACAAACAGCCAACGAAUUCACCACACCCGUUGACUACCAUUGACUAACUGAAGAAACUCAAGUGGGCUCUCGUACAGAGCACUAGUAGAAAGACCCUUACGACAUUUAAACGGAUCCAACGAAAGUGCAAUGCUUAAUAUAUAUAGUAUAUACCUAAUAUCGUAUAUAUGCAUAUCCAAACCGCUUAGGGGACUUUUGAAUCUACCCGUAAUACGGAAACGAACUCUGUGAAACUUGUACCAUUACUAACGUAUUCCGACGAGAUCCAGCAAAGCAAUGAAUUCAACCAUAAUGAAUGUGUCAAGAGCAUUGACUCUUUCUCGUAACCUCACGAUUUAGCCGUGCGUAAAUGAUAUUUCAUAAACUAAAUUUAACCAAUACCUUACUGUGUAAGACCAUUAAUAAAUAUUACUAGAUGAAAAAAAUAAAAAA